GGCGGUCUAGUGUCAGCAAGUGUGGCCCUUUAAACAUCGCUUAAAAACAGACAGUAGGAAGUCUUCAUAUUACGGACUUCAGGUGUUUAAAAAAUGGCCUCUCUGCAAACCUGUCUGCAGCCUGACAACAACCGCCAUCGUCUGCAAAUCGUUUUCUGCCAAAGACUUUGAGUGGCUCCAGGCUCGCACCUUGCUAGCUAGCGUUAACGCAGCUGUCUGAAACCAAAGCUAAUCGGAUAUCUAACGUUAGCUGUAGUAGCGGGUCGCUCUGCCAUAUGAUAUUGACGCACAUUGAACGGGGACAGACCUCUACAGACAGCGACUGGAUCAACAAAAAUAACCCCGUAACAGUGAAAUGGACAAAGAAGAAGCAGACAGGCUGAUAGAGAAGGCGAAGCUGUGUUUGCGGUCCGGACGGAAAGAUCGGGCGCUACAGCUGCUGUAUGAAGCCCAGAAUAUUUACCCCAGCACCCGGGCCAGAGUGCUGAUAGAUGCCAUAGUAAGGAACGGAGGUACUGCUGCUCCAGAGGCAAACCACGUUCCCCCGCCGACAGGCUGGAGAGAUGAGGAUAUUGGAAAGAGUGAAACAAGUAACGAAAGUGGUACUGAGAAGAAGAGUUACACUGAAGAGCAACGACAGGGUGUUCUCAGGAUAAAAAAUUGCAAGGACUUUUAUGAAAUCCUUGGUGUUCCCAAAAAUGCCAGCGAUGAAGAUUUGAAGAAGGCGUACAGGAAGUUGGCCCUCAAGUUUCACCCUGACAAGAACUUUGCUCCAGGAGCAACAGAUGCUUUCAAAGCAAUAGGCAAUGCAUAUGCAGUGCUGAGCAAUCCAGAGAAGAGGCAACAGUAUGAUCAGUAUGGAGAUCAAUCUGCAGCUUCAAACGCACCCCAACACUUCAGCCACAGUCGCUCUGGACGCUACCGAAGCUUCCACAGAGACUUUGAGGCUGACAUUUCCCCUGAGGAACUCUUCAACAUUUUCUUUGGAGGAAGGUUUCCUACAGGAAAUAUCCAUGUAUACACCAACCAGGGAGCCUCCUACUCUCAGUUCUAUCAACCUCGUCGUCGACGUACUUAUGAGAGGCGCGAGGAGGUGGUGGAAGAAAACCAGAGUCAGAACACCUUCACAGCGUUCCUGCAGCUUCUGCCCGUGUUGGUGCUCAUCCUCAUAUCGGUGUUUACUCAGAUGAUGGCCACUAACCCGCCGUACAGUCUCUUCUAUAAGCCAGCCAUGGGGCUGGUGGUGUCCAGGGAAACGCAGCACAUGGGUGUACCAUACUAUGUGGAUAAAAGUUUUGAGAAGGAGUACCGCGGAGCUGCACUGGAUGAGCUAGAGAAAACCAUUGAGAGUGACUAUAUUGAACACCUGCAGAACAGCUGCUGGAAAGAGAAACAGCAAAAAUCAGACUUGGCAAACCUCGGACAACUGUACCGAGAUGAACGAUUAAAGCAGAAGGCAGAGUCGAUGAGACUGGACAGCUGUGAGAAACUGCAUCGACUGGUCGGCCGUCAGAGAGGCAAAUGAAGACUGUUUGAGAAGAGAGAACAGUUUCUUUACAGACUUUACAAUUAACACAUCUAAUUCAAUGGUCUAAUUUAUUCAAUCUGGCCACUUUUGCAAAGAAAUCUCUUUUAGGUACAGCGCAGUCAGUGGGAGAUUAUGCCACUGGAAACAAUGUGCCUUCUCUCCUCUUUGAUGGUAGAAAAUAAGAGUUGCAUGUUUUCGCUGCCAACUCUGGCUGUCGAGGUCACAGCAUCAAGUGCAAACUCACUGUGGCAGUGUUUAUGAUGUCUUGGAGCCUUUAAACUUUCUUAUAGAAAUGGCAUGAUGUUCGGGGUCUCCCUUUGGGGUUAUGAAGGCAUAUGUAUGUUCACACAUACACGUUUAGGUUUUGUAGUUUACCUGUAUUUAUUUUCAUGAAUGUUUUCAUGUCCUCACUGGAAUUUUAGGUGUAUUUAUUUAAUAGUUAGUAAUAGAUUGAAUGUUACUUGAGCAUCUUGAGCUCUUCUUUUUCUCUGUAGGAACAGUGACUGAAAUAAUACUGAAGUCUUUGGACAAAUCUGUGAUUUUGCGUACUGUGCAAUGACAGAAGAUAUUUUUACUUAUUAUUGAACAAUAGACAAAUCAGAUUAGACAGAACUAUAACAUCUAUACUGUGGUUAAUCUGGCAAGUUGACCUCUGACACUGUAGCAGUAGGAGGCGCAGUACAGUCAAAUGAAACAAAAUGUGACCACAUUUUUCUGAUUAAUGUGCUUAGUAUAAAAAGGUUGUACUUGCCAUAAAAAUGAGCUGAUUCCUACUGUACAGCUUCCCACUCUCUGCACUACUUCCUCUUUUAAGCCUCUUCAAUUUAGGAACAAGCAUUUUAGCUGCAGGUAUAUGUUUCAGGUUGAGAAAUGACUGUUGUGUGUUGCAAAAAAGAGGCCGUGUUUUGUAGUAGUUUUAACUGUCACAUAGAGGAUGACCGCUUCAACCAAAAACCCCAUUCACAGUCCUGCACAGUACUGUACAUCUGCAAGGUCGCUGAGGCUUAAAUGGCAUGCAAUACCUUCGAAACCUUCCUAAACCAUGCACAAAUUUAAAUCAUUUUGUUCUCAGAGAAAUGUUUUUUGGCCUGUAUUUUAGAACUUUUUAUGAAUCCUGCACAUUUUAGUUAACUUUGUCUCAUAAAGAAAACGUUUUUGUUUGAAAAUCUCACCUUAAGUGGAAUCAACAAUUUAAAUCGUGUUUAGAAAUACUGUUAAAGUCCAUGUAAAGGAAAUUCAGUGACUUGCUUUGAUACACAUUAAACAUGUCGUACAUUAAUUAUGGUAUUAGGCUGCUACAACAGUUUUUCAUAAUUUUCAGUAUUUUGGGCAGGUCUGAAAUCAUGGUUCAGUGACACACUGGAGCCAUACUUAGCGUAACAUGGACAUGAACAACAUUCUCCAACAGCUAGGAGGCAGAAUUCUGACUUUUUCUUGUCAGGUCUUGUCAUGAAUAGACACUGACUUCGUGGAGUUGUUAAAUUUAUUUCUUUAUACCAGUCCUAGAUGAGUCAAACCCUAUACAGACAGUGAUACUUGUUGUUGUGCACUAAGACUGCCAAACUGCCUUAGCUGUUCUCAUUGUGAAAUCUUCAGGUUUAUCUGAAGCACUUUUCAAGUUCAUAGUUAAUCCUGUGUUUCAUAUUGUUACUGUUGCAUGCACCCUAGUAAGAGAGUGUUUUAUUAGUUACUGAUUAUUUUGUGCAAACGCAUCUUCAUGACUACUGACACGCUAAAUGAUUAGAGAAUUCAGGUCCACACUGUAACUCACAAACAUGUCAAACCUUUACUGUGAUACACAAAAAUUAGGUUUUGGUAUCAGUAAGUAUGAUCGUAUAUUUGAACAUCAGGUUUUCAGCCAAAAAUACCAGACAUUAAAGAUGUAACCAGAAUCUGUUUUUGCCUGUGGGAUUUCAUUUGCUGUUUGACUCUUUGAAUGCUUCAUUUAAUUUGCCAGCAAAUAAAGCAUGGCUUUCAUGCUUCUGU